CGGGUAAUAAUCAAUGAUUCAGACGUGAGGAAAAUACCGUCUUUUUACACUUUCUUAAUAUAGACUACAUGCAAUCGAAGAGCAUUGCACAACAUUUGUCAACAGUUUUUACAGUUACUUCAAAGAGCUUGGAGUGUUUAUUUGUUCUGGAAAUAUCAAAAUACUAUGGACAAUGGCAGAAGCACAGACAACAAUCUCUGAAGUUGUGAAACGCGAGUUACAGGAAGCUGUCUCAAGUGGUGGUGUUGCGAAAUUGAAAGAUCUAAUCAAUAAGAAAAACAACGAAUGGAAAGAGAUUCCUCUUAAUAUUGCAAUAACAGGCGAAUCUGGAGUUGGAAAGUCAAGCUUCAUCAAUGCGAUCCGUGGUAUUACUGCAGACGAUGAUGGCGGUGCUCAUGUCGAUGUUGUUGAAGCAACUAGAGAAAUAAAACCAUACACACAUCCUAUGAAUAGCAGCAUGGUCCUCUGGGAUCUCCCUGGAGUUGGAACACCGAGAUUUCCCAGGGGUUCCUAUCUGACACAAGUAAACUUUGAGAAGUACGACUUUUUUCUUAUAGUCUCAGCUGGUAGAUUUAGAGAAGAUGAUCUCUGGUUGGCUCAAGAAAUCCAGAGCCUGAAAAAGAACUUUCAUUUUGUGCGCACGCAAAUGGAUGUUGAGGUGGACAAAGAUAAAAAAGGACAUCCAAAAACGCAUUCAAAAAGCAAGGUCAUCGAAAAAGUUAGAAUCGAUUGCCUCAAAAACCUCGAAGAGCAUGACCUCACAAAAGCCUCUGUAUUUCUGAUCGACAACUACUCUCCUAUGGACUAUGAUUUUGAUGCAUUAACAAGAACGCUGAUCGAUGAAGCCCCUGAACACAAGAGAGAGGCAAUGAUUCUUUCAAUGUCUGUUCUUACAGAUGGGGUUAUAGAAAGGAAACUGGAAGCCCUCAAAGAGAGAAUUUAUAAGGUUUCUCUGCUCUCGGCGGUUGGUGGUGCAAUACCAAUACCUGGAGUAGGAGCUGCUGUUGAUCUGGCAAUACUGGCUGAAGAGGUGAACUUCUACAAAAGUCAGCUUGGACUUGACGCUGAGACAAUCGCAGAACACGCAAGAUAUCUAAACACAGAGGCUAGGCAGUUACAGAAAAAAUUAGGCCUGCAAAGUUUUGGGUUGGCAACAACCGCUAAAGGCCUUGCACAAAGCGUUUCAAGUUUAGCAGCUUCUGAAACGGUUGAAAGUACACUGCCCUUGGCAAUCCCGGUUAUAGGCAGUAUUAUAUCAGCAGGAAUUUCAUAUGGAGUGUCGGUUGCGAGUCUUAGGUAUUUUCUGGGUAUUUUGUCAGAGGAUGCCCGAAAGAUAAACGAGGAACUGCUGAAAAACUCAUUGCAAUAAGUACAUUGAAGUUUCUAAUAUACAUAGUACAAUGUACUAGUAUAAUGUUUUAAAAUUACAUUUAGUUAAAAUACAAAAAAAAUGUUUGAUACACAUUUUGAUUUUUUUUCAGGCUAUUCACGUACAAUUUAUCACAAGUUCAGCGCACAUGAAUAUGUAAUAUUAAACAACAUUAAAUUCCAAUGCAGUGCUUAAAAAUAAUUUUUCUAACACAGAGGCACUAAUGUCAUGUUUGUCUGCUGCGUUUUUAUAUAAAAACAAUAACACAUAGUAUAUGUUUUCUUUUCCUAUCAACAGUCUUAUGGAAUGCGAUUUAAGAAGGAAAAUAGAUUAUAGGAGCAUUUAGUCAUUUCUAACUUGUUCUUAGUUUAAAGAGCGACUGCGUUAGUUGGAAAAAAGUUAAGACUCUCGUCUUGUAGCAGAUCCGAUAAAAGGAACUUGCCUCUUUAAUUUUGCCGAAAGGACACAAGUACUAGUUCUGAAUAUAUACCGCUUUAACCGGUGUUCUUAUCAAACUGAAACUACCAUUAAAUCAAAGAAUGGAAAAGAGUUUCGGAAUUGUAUAAUUGAAGAAUAGUCAGAACGUUGACAAAGUUAUAAGAACUCGAAAAGUCUUAUUCAUCGUACAAACUAGGCUUUGUUAUUGAUGACAUAAUUUUAUUAUAUCUAUCGUAGGGUGUGUGUUACUAGAAUAGAUAUUUUGUAAAUCAGGCAUAUCGUUUCUGUGUAGCUAGAGAAACAAUAAAAUAUUAUCUAAAAUCCGUU